GGACGGCCGGCCAUUAUUGAUGACAACCACCAACCGAUCCUCCCAAACCAGAUAGCACGACUUAUAAGGGCCAUAACAAUGUACCGGCCAAGGCCAGCCGGAAAGGAAGAUGCUGUAGGAACACCCUCCAAGCCGCUGCCAGCCAGCUCUUCCACAAACUCCGCCGAUCGUCUGUCGAAGCCCUUCAAGUGCCCAGGACUAGCGACUGCUACACGUGCAUCAGACAAACCGGCGAGGAAGCGUAGAAAGGUGAACUACGCAGGGGCCGACGGGACUGUGGAUGACAACAGCGUCAAGCCCUAUACAAAUGAGGAUCGCUUAGCGCUUGCAACAAGAGAUGUGAACAGGUUUCCUGUCUUCAAAGUCAAGGAUAAAGACACGACAUUCAAGCAGCGGUUCAAGGUCCCCUUGAUCAAUAAAUCGUCUGACGGCUAUAAUGGCUCUAGGAUAGCACCCACGCUUGGCAUGAGACAAGGUGCCACAUUUAUCGUUAAGCCAUUGCACGAUCCAAGCGGAGAGUUUGCCAUAGUACUUUAUGACCCAACCGUCGAUGAUGUUGAGGAGCCUGGAACGAAUGAAGAGGCAAAGGGCGAUACAGAGGAACAGAAGCCAAAGCUGGAUGAGCCCCUGGUGCAUAAAAGCUUGGCGGAUAUUCUUGGGCUCAAGAAGGAGGUUGAAGCCCGGCCAAAAGUGCCGGUUGUAAUUGAUCCACGGCUGGCCAAGGUCCUGCGACCGCAUCAGGUUGAGGGUGUAAAGUUCCUUUAUCGUUGUACAACAGGCAUGGUUGAUAAAAAUGCCAAUGGGUGCAUCAUGGCAGAUGGGAUGGGUCUGGGCAAGACGCUUCAAUGCAUCUCAUUAAUGUGGACGCUACUCAAGCAAUCUUCGGAAGCAGGAAAAUCGACUAUACAAAAGUGCAUUAUCGCUUGUCCGUCAAGUUUGGUCGGAAACUGGGCCAAUGAACUAGUGAAAUGGUUGGGUAAAGACGCUAUCACACCCUUUGCGGUUGACGGUAAAGCCUCGAAGACAGAACUCAUUGCUCAAAUGAAGCAAUGGGCAAUCGCUUCAGGACGAGCUAUUGUCAGACCAGUACUCAUCAUCUCAUACGAAACUCUUAGGUUGUAUGUUGACACCCUGAAAGAUAGCCCUAUCGGGCUACUUCUCUGCGAUGAAGGUCAUCGGUUGAAGAAUAAGGAAAGCUUGACAUGGACAGCGCUCAACAGCCUAAAUGUACAGCGCCGGGUGAUCUUGUCCGGCACGCCCAUUCAGAACGAUCUUUCAGAGUAUUUUGCUCUUCUUCAUUUCGCAAACCCGAACCUACUGGGAUCACAGAACGAAUUUCGAAAAAGGUUCGAACUACCCAUUCUUAGAGGAAGAGAUGCCGCAGGAACAGAAGAAGAUCUCAAGAAAGGUAAUGAGCGUCUUGCCGAGCUUUCUGGUAUAGUGAACAAGUUCAUCAUUCGCCGGACAAACGACAUUUUGUCCAAGUACUUGCCAGUGAAAUACGAGCAUGUUGUUUUCUGCAACAUGUCCGAGUUCCAAUUGGGUCUUUACAAGCACUUUAUCCAGAGUCCAGAAAUCAAAAGCUUGCUUAGGGGCAAAGGAAGUCAGCCCCUGAAAGCAAUUGGCCUUUUGAAGAAGCUUUGCAAUCAUCCCGACCUCCUCAACCUCUCCACUGAUCUACCAGGCUGCGAGUAUACGUUCCCAGAGGACUACGUACCGCCGGAAGGGAGAGGACGUGACCGGGAUAUCAAGUCUUGGUAUUCAGGAAAAAUGAUGGUUUUGGAUCGGAUGCUAGCACGCAUCCGUCAAGAUACCAACGACAAGAUUGUUUUGAUUAGCAAUUAUACUCAGACUCUUGACCUUUUCGAGAAGCUAUGCAGAACCCGAGGGUACGGCUCUCUGCGACUGGACGGUACCAUGACUGUCGGUAAACGGCAGAAGCUGGUCGACAAAUUCAACGACCCCGACGGGGCCGAGUUUGUAUUCCUGCUCAGCAGUAAGGCUGGUGGCUGCGGCCUGAAUCUGAUAGGCGCAAACCGCCUGGUCCUGUUCGAUCCAGAUUGGAAUCCAGCCGCCGACCAGCAAGCUUUGGCGCGAGUCUGGCGUGAUGGCCAGAAGAAGGAUUGCUUUGUGUAUCGCUUCAUCGCGACCGGUUCGAUUGAGGAGAAGAUCUUUCAGCGCCAGUCCCAUAAACAGUCCCUUUCUUCAUGCGUGGUGGACUCAGCCGAGGAUGUUGAGCGACACUUCUCGCUGGAAUCCCUCCGUGAGCUAUUCCAAUUCAAGCCGGAAACUCGGAGCGAUACGCACGACACAUUCAAAUGCAAGCGAUGCCGACCGGAGGGGACACAAUACAUCAAGGCGCCAGCCAUGUUGUACGGUGACACCAGUACUUGGAAUCAUUUUGUUAAUGACGGAGAGCAGGGGGCUCUCAGCAAGAUCCAGGACUUGCUGAUCCGUCAAGAGACGGGAGAACGCAAUGUCUCCGCCGUGUUUCACUCGAGUCAAAACCGCCGCCUCACCGCCCAGCCUAGCCAGACAACGCUUCCACGCCAUGAAAGCCACCAUCUAAACUACCCCCGGAGCGCAAGGUGGCGGCUGGCUAACUUACAUGCGAUUCCCAGGCUCGAGAAGGUGGUCCGCGAGGCCGCUUUCAGGGGCGGACACGAGGAGAUUCAGAAGAUCGUCGACCAGCUCUGCCAUGACUACGCCUACGCCGAAGGUGUUGCUCCUUAUCUGAAGGAAAUCGUACCGCCGGUGCUUGCUUGUUUUACCGAUCAGGAUGCGCGCGUCAGGUAUUAUGCCUGCGAGAGCAUGUACAACAUUGCCAAAGUUGCGAAAGGAGAGAUCUUACUUUUCUUUAAUGAAAUAUUCGAUGCAUUAAGCAAGCUAGCUUCGGAUUCUGAGCUGUCGGUCAAAAAUGGUGCAGAACUGCUCGAUAGACUCGUCAAAGACAUCGUGUCCGAAUCCGCUGCGUCCCAUGUCUCCGUCCUACAACUUACCGAAAAGCAAGUGACAGAUCCCGAAGGCCUAGAAGAUGUCGAUCUUCCUACUGCCUUCUCGCUACCGAAAUUCAUACCCUUGCUUAAAGAACGAAUCCACGUCAUCAGUGCAUUUACCCGUACAUUCCUGGUAUCGUGGCUGACGCUGUUGGAUACAAUUCCGGAUCUGGAGUUGAUCUCUUAUCUACCGGAAUUCCUCGGGGGGUUGAUCAAGUUCCUUGGUGACCCAAAUAGAGAUGUCAACGUCGCCACCCAAGCUCUUCUCGAUCGGUUUCUGUCGGAAAUCAAGCGAAUCGCGCGACUCAAGAAAGGCAUCGAAGACAGUCGGAAAGGCCAAGGAAGCGAUAUCAGGCAGUCGACCACAAGCGACAGUGUGAGCGUGACGACGACUACAGAUCUGACUCUAGCUGUCGGAUCUGAGGUGACUGACAACGCGAUUGAAGAUUCCGAGGCAGGGUCUGUCACCGAUGAGGAAGGCUUGCACGUCGAUGGAGAUUGGAUUCCCGGACAAGAUGUUCAGAUUGAUUAUGCAAAGAUACUAGAUAUUCUCGUUGGCUUCGUUGAUACGUCUUUCGUGGAGGAGAUGCAGUUGACUGCCCUACGCUGGAUCGACAACUUCUUCGAGAUCAGCCCGGAAGAUAUUCUUCCUUUCGUUCCUCGUCUCCUGACACAGGUGCUUCCGGCAAUGUCCAGUGGCUCGGAUCAAGUGCGGCAGGCCGCAAACCGGGUCAACACCUCUCUGAUGGAGUACAUUGUCACUUUGUCUGAAGAUACAUCGGAAGAAAGCCGGCAGUUGGCGUCCGCCAAAACGUACAACUCGAACAGCAAAGAAAGCGUUGAGCGAAGGUCGUCAACGCCGGUCAGUAAAGCUCCAGAGACACCCUCGAGUGAAUCCAAGAAGCAAUUGUCUCAGCCAGAGGCGUCCGCCGAGCAAACCCCCCGAAGCAGCUCUUCAACCCCACUACCGCCCGCCGACCUGGAUUAUGCCGCUGCUGUCAACUCCCUGACCCUACAGUUUCUGAACGAAAACGAAGCAACCCGAGUAGGCGCGCUUUCCUGGCUCAUAAUGUUGCACCGAAAGGCACCCAAGAAGGUGAUAGCAUUCAAUGAUGGGACUUUUCCGGCUCUCUUGAAGACACUGUCCGACCCGGCCGAAGCCGUCGUCACGAAAGACCUCCAGCUCCUCUCGCAGAUUUCCAGAAACAGUGAUGAUAGCUACUUCAAGUCCUUCAUGGUGAACCUUCUCCAGCUCUUCUCCACAGACAGACAUCUGCUUGAGGUGCGCGGAAACCUCAUCAUUCGACAACUGUGCAUGAAUCUAAGCCCAGAGCGCAUCUAUCGGACACUGGCCGAUUGCCUCGAAAAGGAAGAGGACAUCGAGUUCGCCAGCAUUAUGGUCCAGAAUCUGAAUAACAACUUGAUAACCGCACCAGAGCUUUCAGAACUAAGAAAGCGAUUGAGGAAUCUCGAUGCAAAGGACGGACAGAUGUUCUUCGUAGCACUGUUCAGAUCGUGGUGCCACAAUGCCGUUUCUACCUUCUCCCUAUGUCUACUCGCGCAAGCUUACGAGCAAGCAUACAACCUACUUCAAGUCUUCGCGGAGCUCGAGAUGACUGUGAAUAUGUUGAUUCAAAUCGACAAGUUGGUCCAGCUCCUAGAAUCGCCCGUCUUCACCUACCUGCGUCUCCAGCUCCUCGAACCCGAACGAUAUCCCUACCUCUACAAAUGCCUCUAUGGCGUCCUCAUGCUCCUACCCCAAAGCUCCGCCUUCGCGGCACUCAAGAACCGCCUCAACAGCGUCAGCAGCAUCGGCCUUCUCCACACCGGUCCCCGACAAACCACCAUAUCCUCAACUUCCACCUCCACCUCCUCAUCCACCUCCACCUACGACCGCGCAACCGGCAGCCGCCUCAAACGCGACGAAAACACCAUCCGCUGGGUCGAACUCCUCGACAAAUUCAAAUCCGUCCAAGAGAAAGCCCGUCGCGCUCAACGCGCCUCCCAACGUCCCCUCGACCCAGACGCAACCACCGGCCCCUCGCUAUCCAGCACAGGGGACCCGUCCCGCAAUACCAAGGAACGAGCCUCCGCGCUCCCGGACACGCCUCGCGGGAUCGCCGGCGCCGGGGGAGGCAAUAACAGCGCGACGGAGGGCCGUGGCGGUGGAGCAGAUGCGGGGACGCCGAAAUCUGGGACGUCGAUUCUAGGGGGCGCGCAUAGACAUAAAACUAGUCUGUCGAAUUUGGGACGCUUAGGGAUUGGGGGUCGGAAGUCGAAAAGGUGAAUGGAAUGGAUUGAGUAGGGCGGGAUGGGAUGGGGUAGAAUAGGGGGUGAUCAUUAAACUAUGAAUCAAUGGUAGGUACAUACGGAGGUCAGGUGAUCCUAAUGCCUGCCUGGAUGCCUAUAUAUUUUAUUUAUACUGAAAUUGUGGUAUUGAAGGUGGCAUCUUUGCCGGCGUCCCUUUGGGAAUGAUGAUUUAGCUGAGCGACGGAUGCAAGGCGUUUGUCAAAACUUGAGGGUUGCUUGUUGACAGGGCUUGAAAAUAGGACCAUGACAUCAGAGCACGCUGGUAUGCGAGCAUGUAGAGUAGUGGGGACCGCGCCGGGUGAUCGUCAUAUCUCUUGAUUGGAAUGGAAAUAGCCUAUGUACAGGAAGGCGCAUGGGCCUUGAAGCGGCAAAAAAGGGGGUGUGAAGACGUGGUACACCAACAAGUCACAGAACGACUC